AUGUCGAACCCCUCGCGUGCCGCACAUGAUGAUGUGCCUGUCCAGAUCCGACAGAGUCUGGCAGCGCAACGUGCACAACAGAGUCUCUUCGAGCUUGACGAGUUCUCUGAUCCUGUGGUUCAGCAGGAUGGUGGUGAGGCAGCAUCUGCCCCAAUCCCUUCCAGAGCAGCCCCUGCAGGUGCUGCAGACGGUGUGGUGCUUGAAGAGGUGAUAGCUUCGCUCGCUAAGGUCACCACGCAGACGGAAGAAGCGGUGAAGCGAGCCGGUGUCAUAGAAACGCUUCGAGCCUGUGACACAUUGGGUCUCCUCAAGGGACACCCCAUUCUCCAGCGGCUUUUCCUGGAUAUGUACGAUGAGACGAAACGGAACCGCUUGCUGACCUCCAGCCGCGGCUCCUCGGCCGAGGGCAAGCCUCCUGUGGCAGGGGACGCGGUUGCCUCAGGUGCCGAUCGUCCCUCCCAGGGGGUGUCACCUCAAGCUUUGGAUGUCGAGAUGGUGGAAUCGGCGGAUUCGGCGGCUGAUGGCGACUUUGCCAUGGUGGAUCCCACCCCUGCGGAUGGGAGCGCGGUUGCCUCAGGUGCCGAUCCUCCCUCUCCGGGGGUGCCAUCGGCAGAACCCGAAGUGGCUCUCUCCGAGCCGGGCUUUAUCGACUCGGCCAGUGGCUCCUGGGUCCUGGCGGACAAGGCGCCUUCGAUCACGGUGCCUAGCACCUCGGGAGACUACGCUUGGGUGGAACAUGAAGACGUCGAACUUCUCCAGGCUUGGGUGCAAGAGCAGCUUGAUGCGGCAAGAGACCCUCAGACGGUCCUGCCGCAGAUCGAAGAUCGGGUCGUGAUGUUGCAGAAGGAGCUCCCGUUUGUCUCGGUCAUGGACUUGUUUAGCAAGUCCCACCCAUGGUGGGGGGCAGUAUGCAGAUGGUACUGCGUCCCGGAAGAGGUGGGCAUGGUGAAAGGCCAAAAGCUUUCUAGCACAGUCUUGGCCAGAUGGAACUGCCUGCGACGGGAGGACCGUGUGAAGAUCCUCUCGCAUGUGGAUGCCACUUCUAAGGAGUUCCACCAGGACCCGAGUCAGUUCGUGAGCGGCUUGAUGCACAUGAAGCACAAGCUCCCUUUUAAGAAUGUCGGCACGGUCAUCCUCUCCCUGCCGUCCCUGACGAAAGACGAGCUGCUGGGCUCUGACAGAGCGGUGGUCCAAUGCGUGGACGCCAGUAAGGCGGUAUACAGGCUGGUCUCCCCGGAGGUGAUGCCCGACCGCUUCUUCCGCAGUGACGUCGCGACCAUCCUCCGUUCCCUCCCGAAGUUGGUGGUGGAGAAGAUGGUGGCCGCCGUGGAGUCUGAGGACUCGGGGCUCUUCGAGGAUGCGAUCCUGAACAUCGGGGGCCACCUCCGCAGCAGAGUGGCUACGCUCCGCCAGGAGGAAAUCCUCAAGAAGCAGGGCCAAGGGUUUGGCACAGUUACGGCCCCGGCCCCGGAUGGAUCCUCCUGGCGCUUGGUGGAGGGUGCGUGGCAGAACACCUCGAACAGCUUCAGGGAGGACUUCAAGUACAAGUUCGGUGCCGAUGGCCGGGGGGAGGUGGCCUACUCUUCGGAGGACCUGGCUCAGAAGAUGGAGGAUCAGGCCUUCCGUGGACUCCUUUUUGCCUCGGACUUAGACUGCCCACGGUUUGAUUCUCAGGAUGGCCCGGAGCAGAAGCCUCAUGAAAUCGGCGUGGUCGAUAGCCCGGACAUGGCCAACGCCCGCAUCACCCUUGAGGAUGCGGCCCACCAGGCCGAGGGGGCGGCUACCUUUGCCGAGGCGGUGAACCUGGAGAACAAGACACACAGAGGCAAGGUCCUCCGGGCGGCUGCGGGGGCUGCCCUGGCAGUGCUCCAGUGCCACUCGAAGCUAGUCGCCUGGGCCUCAUCUCACGAGGCGGCGGCGUCGGCUUUCAGGAACCAAGGAGCGGAUAUCUUCACCUGUUGCGAGAGGGAUGCACUCCCGCUCCUCCUUGUGGUCCAGAAGGGUGAGAUGGCCCACGUCUUGAAGGAGUAUGCGGAUGUGCCCACGGUCCGGACUGUCCUGACCAAGCUCGGCAUGGCGAUCUGCAACCUCAGGACGCUGAUGGAGACCCCGGACCAGAAGAACACCACGCUCCUGGACGUGGUCCCGGGGGGCGAGGUCGCCAAGAACAUUUUCGAUCACCUGGACUGCUCCUCCCCACUGGGCCUCCUUCAGGCUCACUCGGAGGGAAACCUCCUGGAUUUUGGGCAACAGGGCUGGGAGCAUUUUGACAGCCCAGCGGGUCCCGUCCUGUUGGAUGCAGCUGGCCGCGUCCUCUCCCUCUCUGAUGUUACCAAGGUUGAGGCCAGCUUUGGACCUGGGGUCGAACCGGUCCCGGCGAAGGCAGAGGGGGACACCCCGGUUGCCUCAGGUGCCGAUGGGUGGACCCCGAAGCCGGAGCGGCCGCCCACGGACCGGGACAUCGCAAUGGAAAACCUCAAGCAGCUGGAACAGGCGGCUAUGGAGGAGGGCACCGUGGACGCGGCCGAAGAGGUCGCUAAGACAGCACUCCUUCCGGAAAAAAGGGCGGUCGCCAAUAUGGCUCAGAUCUCUACAGCCACGUUGGAGGCCAACCUCAGAGGGACCAACCAGGGCCAGGGCCUUCUUGCUGCGAUGCGUAGGACAUUGGCGCCCCGAGAGAUGACCUUUGACAAAGAAGAGAAAGCCAAGCGGGAGGAGAACAAGAAGCGCAACGCGGAGCAGCUUCAGGACCAUUUUGUCUACACUCCGGUGGUCCAGCAGCCCAGCCUUUGGAGCAGGGAGCUGGUCGAGCUGGUGGAGCGCCACGCGGAAGGGGUCACGGGGGAGCUCUCAAGUUUCCAGGAAAGGGACCCAGAUGUUCUCGGCCGGAUCCAGUCCGAGGUGGUGGAGGUCCACAAGAUCAUACAGUCGAUACCAAAUGUUCCCGAGGACAUUGUCGGUGGUGACCUUAAGCACCAGGCUGACAUCCAGCGUGCGGCUUCCUUCUUCAACCCGGCCCUCUUCGACAAGCCGUUCCCGGAGCUGAAAGGGACCAAGGCCUCUGAGACUCUGGAAGACCAGGUCCGGACCCUGAACGCCAUGUUGCAGAUGUGUAAGAAACAGACCUACCUCACGGGGUGGAGGUGGGUCCGGCAGCCGGGUUCGGUCACUGCUGAUGAAUGGUACGCUGGCUGGACGGACCUUGGCCACGAAGCCUUCGCAUCGGCCAUGCACUCAGUGAACGCCAUCUUCGCCAAGCACGGAUUGGCGCAAUACAGCCUUCAGAUCCCGGAGAUGGUGGGGAACCUCCUCAACCCUAUGGUGGCUCUAUCCAAGCCGGUGGAGGAAGGGGAGGUGGACAGGGAGCCCCACCAUUGGCGGCUCAAUCUCCAGACAGUGACCCUCAGGGAGCUACUGAAUUGCUAUGGCAGUGUGCUCUCGGCCAAGGACAUCUGGAACAUGGUGGGACCGACCAAGAACGAGGGCCAGAAGAAGUUCCAGAGGGGUUUUCCCCUGGUGCGCUCCAACCUCCGCAAGCGUGGCGAUUACCGGGCGGCCCGCCGCAAGGACUUCCUUGACCUGCGCCUGAAGGCUAAGUCGUGGAUGGAGGCAAGGGGGUUCGGAGAGCCGAAGUGCCCGGAGGAUUACGCGAUCAUCCUCCGCCGCAUGAGCUUCGAGGUCCACUGCAUGAACUUCCUGCACAACCCCAGUUGGCUCGAGGAUCUCCCGGAUGCCCCGGUCGUCGACUCCAAGGAAAGGCUUCGGCUGCGGGCGGAGUACGACCACAGAGUCACGCUGCCCAUCGAUUCCCUCCCGCUUGACCAGGCCUUCUUCUCGGGCAAGCACAAGUGGGCGGUGGCCUUCCAGUACUACCGCUGCACUGGAGGGGCGUGGGUUAAGGCCCCGGACUUCGUGGAUAGGCCCAACCGGAGGCAUUGGAUCCACAUGGAAUGUGGCAUGGUCCUCCCGGCCCUGUCAGGCUUCGACUACACCAGGGUUGGGUCUAGCAAGCGCUCCAAGAACCGUUAUGCCUGCACCCUUUGCAGGACUGAAUGGGGCCGGGAUUCGGCGGAAGGCAAGUGGCUCAAGGGCCACGAGAUGCACGGCUGGCUCCUGGAGAUUUUCGAUGGCGAUGUGGUCCUGCAGGCCAUCGUCACGGCUCCACCGCAGCCAGGGGCGUAUGCUCUUCUGUCGGAAGUUCGAGGGUGCCGAUUCCUCUCCCUGAACCCGCACAUCGAAGGUUCAGAUGGGGAAGCACAAUGUCCUCUCUUCACCCUGCUGGCCGGGCCCCGCAGCCGUUUUGUUCGGUGGCUCCAUUUUGCUUCUCGCUUCUCGGUGCCAGUGGGCCUUUUGGCCUCACCGAUGGAUGAGGGACAGGUCGUGGACACGCGGCACCGGGAGCUGGUUAUUCUCACUGAAGCUAUCUGGGAACGAUUCCAGCCGAGGGCCAGGGACCUUCUGGUGGAAGGCUCUGGAAGACCGGUGGCAGACCAGGUUGGUCCUUUCUCCUCACUCUCCCCCCCGAGACUCGCCAGAACAACGCUGGUCUCAGGGCCGGGUAUACGGUCCAACGUUGGCGACAAGGCGGCAUACGGCAAGGUGGCACCUGCCUCCUGUGUGAUCCAUGCGCUUGGUGUGGGGAGAUGGCCACGAGUUGGUGUGACCGAUGCGAGCGCCAGGGCGCUUUCACGGCGCUGUGCAUGGGAUGUGACCGCGAAUGGGAUGGCUGCCGCUCACACCGCCAGGGACGCCAGCGUCGAGACGUGCCCCGCCGACCUGAUCCGGGUGCUCCUCCUCCCUCUGAUACCAUGGAGGUUUUCGCCCUGGACUUGGAGAAUGAUGGCCGGGGCCCUCCUGGAUCCAGAUGUGGUCGCCGGCGUCAAGGCUACCUGGCUCCAAUCGCUCCCCGAAGAUAGGAGUCAAAAGCUGGAGGAGGACUUCACGGAGGCGGUCACUAGGCUUCAGCUGGCCGCGUCGGGCUGCCCUUCAUGGACAUCUCUCUCUCCGGUGGGUCAACUCCUUGCCGACAGGGCCUUUGGACGGGCCCUCCCAAUGGAGCGCCGAAGCGGGAAAAGAUCUUGGGAGCACUGGGCACCUAGGGAAGGUCCGGUCAAACAGCUUGCCCUUGAUCGGGCGGCAAAGAAGAAAUGGGCGGACAAGAUCAUCUCCGUCCUGGCUCCCUAUCACAGGCACUUGGAUAACAUGCAGGACAUCAAGCCGGGGGAGGACAAGUGCGAGGUCUGGAGGCCUUUGGUUGGCAAAGCCAGGGUUAACUCCUUGAAGUCGGUCUUCUACAGCCUCAAGAAGCUCCGCUCCACGCUCGGGUGUUCCCCCCUGCCAUUCUCCGAAGAUAUGGCAAAGGCCCUCCUCUACGAAGCGGUGGACCAGCAGUUCACAAUCUACAGGUUGGGGCAGCUGUGGAGGACUCUUCACUGGAUCCCGCAGCACUUCGGAGGCUUUGACCCCACGGUCAACCAGGCGAUCAACCGGCGCUAUGAGUACACCAGGGGUUUGUUGGUCUCUUCGGAAGCCAAAAAGGAACGCAGGGCCACUCCGCCUCCCAUGGAGGUGGUCAUUGCGCUUGAGAAGCUGGCUGGGACCCUCCCGGAAGGCUCGCCUGAUGGCUACGCGGCUUCUUUCUUCAGGUUCUGCAUUGGCGCCUCGGCCAGGUUCUCCGACACAGCCCACACCAGGCCGGAUUCCAUGAAGGUUACUAAGGACACCCUCGAGUUCACCGCCUGGCAGACUAAGGUCAAGGAGGCAGGGGACAAUAAUCGUCCCCAGCCGCUCAUCGCGCCUCUGGUCUCCUUCUCUCAGACGGAGUGGUGGGGACCCAUGAUCGCUCUCAGUAAGAGGCGGAACAGCCUGGCUACAAAAGGACUUGAGGAUGACUACCUCCUGCCUGAUGAAGGGAUCCGCUUUGUUCCGGAGGAUAUGGAUGCUCCUUACUACCAGUUGGCGGAAGAGCCACUUCUGGCUCCCCCCGAGGCACAGCUCCCGGUUCUUGCCUCGGCCAAUACUCAGCAAGAGGACAAGCGGGCUGAUGGCCCGGCCUUCAUGGCCACCAACGCCCGUAAGACAGGAUCUCCUCCGGUGUACCGGGUACACUGGUUUGACAGGGGCUACAGGUGCCUGGGUUGUGGACUCCAAGAGUUUGGUCACCUUCAACGAGCUGGACUGGACACCGGACUAUGUCUUCUGUGCGAAGGCGGCACGGCCAAGCAGCCCCCAGACUGUUUCCUGGGUGAAGCGGUGACCAAGGACUCCUCCAGCGGGGAUCCCUCGGAUGGACUUGUGGAGCCCCCCCAUACCACAGGGGCGGUUGCCACAGGUGCCGAUCCCCUGGUGGAAGGGGAUUUGGGGAAUCCGGGGUGCAUUAGCCCUGCGGACUUGGCGUAUUUCCGACCGGAAUCCGUGCUUGCACUGAUCAACUCGCAUGUCAUAGGGCCAAGCCAGCAGCCUCCCUUCUGCAUCCUGCUCGGGCCGGCUGCCAUUUUGGGUCAGACUCACGACGGCCGGGUUCUCCUGCCGUCGGGCACUAUGGAUAGACCGAAUGCGGAAGUCGACGCCAAGCUGACCCUGGCACGGCCCCCGGAGCUGUGCCCGGACCCCUACAAGGAUGAGGUCACGAAGAUUGAUGAACAGGUUCGUCUGGUCCUGGCCAGGCACCAGGUCCCUUGGCUAGUCCUUUUUGUCAUGGGAAAACAGGGCUUCGUCACGGCCCAGGACUGGGCAGGCCGCUGGGAUGAAAAGGAACUCCGGAAGGAGGCUCCCAAGUUGGGCUUCUCACCGGGCCAGAACGGAUAUGAUGAGCACACGUGCGUCCUCACCGCUAUCCGCCUGGAGAACGCGGUGGAACAGUUCAAGCUCUUAAAGAAAAGGAAGAUGGCCGAGGUGGAUAUCCACUCGGUCGAGGACUACAAAGCGAUGAUUGGCAGAGGUGACCGCCAAGAAAUGAGGGCAGCUUACCUCGCUAAGUUCGGCACGGAACCGGAGAGGGAAUACGAAGGCUCGGACCACAUGCUUGGUGUCUUGAAGAGGGUGUUGUACAGGGGAGAGUUCCUUUCACACUCUCAGCUCGAUCUCAACAAGGUCGUAGCGAACCACCCCAAGGAUGGGGAAGUGAAGUUUCAGAAGCGCCAAAGCAAAGAAGAUGAUGAGUGGAUCCAUGAGGAAUCCAACCGUGUCCAGUCGGAGAAACAGUGGAAACGGGUCCUCAUGAUCUGGCGGACGUCCCUCCUCAUGGUUGUGGCAACAUGCACGGGCCCCUCGUGCAUUCACCUCACCAAGGCAGACUUGGACGACUUCUACAACUUCCUCUUCGGAGAUACCAUUAUGGGCCGUGAGCCCGCCCCCUCACUGGGGGUGUUAAUGACGGCUGAAAGAAAGGUCUGGCGCCAGGUGGCCUUGAACAUGGCCAAAGACGAAACCUUGACCAUCUCAGCUGCCCUCAAAGAGAUCCAGAAUAACUCGCGAUUCUGGUUUAUGGAGAUCGAUGAGUUCUGCCUCCGUCGCCACCACACUGGCCAGCCCAAGGGCCCCAGAAAAGGCAGGGGCAAGGGCAAGGACAAGGACAAGGGAAAAGUCUUCCAGCAGUGGGAUUACUGGAAGGGCAAAGGCAAGAAGCCUGGAAAAGGAAAAGGCAAGUCCAAGAAGGAAGACUGGCGUUGGUCCACUCGCUCGGAGGAGACGGUGGAACCUCCACCUCCUCCGGAGUUCUGCAAGAAGUACCACGCCUUCAACAGGUGCCCGGGGGACUGCGGUCUCUCCCACAACUGCCCUGUGAUUCUCCCGGACGGUAAGAUCUGUGCCACAGGGCGGCAGACCACUCGUGAGAAACCGGUGCCGAUUCCCUACGUGCUCGGGUCGUACUCGGAAUUCCCAGAGUAUGCCUCGGACUGCUCCAGCGGGGGAUACCACGGCAAUCCGUCCCAGCCUACAGUGCUCAUUCUCUAUGCGGGGAAGGAUGAUGCCCGGAGCACUAAGGCGGCGAUUGCACAAGAUGUACUUUCUGAGGAGACCUUUUCUGACCUUUGUGCCCUGGCCCUCUCUGGCGACCUCAUGAGGGCCCAAUUGCAGGAUGCCCACCUCUCGUUGGCGUCUGGCCCUCGGCCCCCGGCCUUCCUCCUGGAACACCCGGAGGAUCCCGCCAACCAAGGGAUAGAGGAGACACUCACCUCGAAGACGGUUGCCACAGGUGCCGAUUCCCCAGUGGUCUCUCCUAUGACGUCCUUUCGGGAAUCGCUCAGGACCCAGGCGCGGGGCUGCCCCUGGCCAGACCAGUGGGUCGCAGACCUCCGCCAACAACUGGCAUCACGCCUCUCUUCCCGUCUCCACCGACCUGUUUCAGCUGAGGUCUCUCCUGGACAACCGUUUGCCUUGGACAUUCUCCAAGCUUUGGUGGAGCUGGCGGAGGACCCGGACCGGGAUUUCCUCCAACACCUACGUGAAGGAGUCCCCCUUGGGGUGGAUGGUCCGACGUUGCCGGACCCUAACAUAUGGCCGUCCAAGCAGGAGCUGGGGAAUGCACCAAAAGACUUGGAGCCCCCGGCGCCCACAACGGCCGACAACUACCCCAGCGCUGAAGUCUUCGAGGACACCAUACAGAAAACUUUCCUGGAGGAAAAGCUCCUCGACAUGGUGGCGGGUCCCCUGUCGGAACAGGAGGCAGCGGACCUCUGUGGCUGCUCGGUCGCAGAGCUGUGUGUCGGGGCCAUGGCGGGCAUCCAGGAACUGGACAAGAUCAGGACCAUCUUCGAUGCCUCGAUCAUCGGCGUCAACGACAACAUCCGGGCGAAUACUGACAAGAAGACCACGGUCGGCACCUAUGGGGUGGCUUCGGCGCAGCUCUACUGGGGGCGUUUGGCGGCCAUCCUCACCCGCCUCUCUUACCAGAUUUCGGAGGUUUUCCUCUGGCUCCUGGUUUUUGUUGAUGAUUUCAUGGCUGUGAUGAAAGAGAGCCUUGGAGAAAUUGGGGCGGCCACCCUCAUGCUCUUCCUUACUCUGCUGGGCUGCCCUAUCUCUUGGCACAAGAAUGCCCUUGGGAAGGUCAAUCGUUGGCUGGGGUACAUGGUCAACAUCUCCGAAGGCUCGGUGUGGCUCCCGGAGGAAAAGUUGGCCAUCCUCCGCCCUGCCUUGUUGAAGUUGGAAGCAGGAGAACUCCACACCAGAAAGGAAGUCACCUCCCUACUGGGCAAGUUGCAGUGGGUGGCGAAAGCUUACCCUCAGGUGAGUUCCCACCUCCAGCCACUCUAUGCGUGGGAGCAGAAACUUGAACGGAAAUGGAGACCGGGAGACCUUGUACGUUUUCUGGCAACUCUGCUCAUCUCCAUCUUGGACUCUGGCCCCUGCGUUCCUCUUCGUUUCCAGCACAACACUCCAUGCUAUGGGAGCAGUGAUGCCGGUGAGGACGAUGGCCGGGUGGCUAUUGGUGGCUGGUUCUCGCCCUUGCUUAACCCCACCAAGGCGGAGGUCCUGUGGUUCUCCAUGGACGUCCUUACCACUCCAUGGGUGCAGCCCCUCCUGGCGCACACUUCUCCGAAGCGCCGAAUUGGUGCCCUGGAACUCCUGGGCACACUCAUCCUUUUCCUGUUGGCUGCAGAGUCCGUGGGGCCCUGCAUGGUUGAUGCUCAUCUCCCUCUUACUACAGACAAUGAGGGCAAUGCCUUUUCUGCCAGCAAGAGAUCUUCGAAGAAGUGGCCUUGCUCGGCGCUUUUAAUGGAGCUCUCCGCACAGGAGUUCCACAAGGGUGUCUUUGCUCAGGUCACCCAUGUCAAGAGGAGUUCUAACACGUGGGCAGAUCAGCUCACUCACUUUGAUUUCGAUGGAUACGAAUGCCAGGUACGGUUGCCUCAGGUGCCGAUUACCUGUGCUUGGUUCCUGUACGGCUCUGCGGGAGGGGUGGCGUAUUUCCGACCGGUCUUCGGCACCGACGUGGAGUGCAUGGACGAUGCCCAGGUGCAGUACUGGUUCCGGGCCCGCCCCCACCCCAGCCAGCGGCCCCUCCGCUCGGCCCCCAGCAGCAGCUCAAGUGUGCGAUCCGUCUCCACAGAAGGGCAGACCACCUCCAGCACGUCAUCCACAGGGCCUGGCAGGACGCCAGCUGUGCCAGGCCUUCCCAAGCAGAAGCUUCAGAUUCUCGACGACAAGACGACAAGGAGUGCUGGGCUGUUCCUCGCUCGGCAGCGCAUCCAAACUCGGAGCCACGGGCAGUCAAUAACGCCGGAGGACAUUUGCAAACACAUCCUCCAGUGCACUGUGAGCCAGGACGAGGAUGGUUUGCAAAGCUUGCGUGAUGCCGUCGAGAGCAACUUCGAGGCCGGCAAUCCUGUGGCAUCCUUCGUUGAGGCUGAGGGCGUGGAUGCCCUGUCGCGCUGCGAGGCUGAGCAAGAGCAUCGCCUCAUGCACCAGGUCUGCGGCAUUGCAGGCGUAAGCCAGCGAUUGAGAUGUCUGCAGAUCGAGUCAUCUUGGGAUCGCGACGCUGCGAAGUGUCAGAAACAUCUGGAGGUCCUGCAAUCUGGACUCGAGGCCCUUAGCACAAGGAAGGAGGCCCUCCAGUCCUUCUUCCGUCAGGUCAUGAAGAUUGGCAAUCAACUAAACGAGGCCGCUGGAGGAGUCCGCGCUCCUCAUGGCUUUCGCCUGCAAAGCCUCGAUUCUACGUUGCAGACAAGGUCGCCAUUGAGACCACAGCUCUCCCUUCUCCACCUCGCACUGGCGCAGAUGCCCUUGAGACAGGUCAAUUCCUUGUGCGAGGGCCUGCAGGCUACAGAUGCAUUGAGAGCACAAGGACUGCUUGGCAAGAGCGCUGGAGUUCAGGAGCGGUGCCGGGAACUUAUCGCACAGCGGGCUGCGCUUCGCGAGCUCGGUGCGCAGGUGCCCAGCGCUCUCUCUGAGGACGACGUCUUCCAGGAGCACUUGAAAGAGUUCCUGGACAGCCGUCGGGACAAGGCCUCUCGCUUAGCGGAGCUGUGUUUGGAAGUCUUCCGAAGCUACUGGGAGCUCGCAGUCUUUCUCGGCGAUCCAGAUGCCGUGUUCCCACCACCUUCGAAGGACUCUGAUGAAUCACAGGACAUCUUCCUGUUCUUCCACGGCUUUAUUGAGGCGCUGGAGAGAGCCCGGGUGGAGAUCACGAGGAUGCGGCUGCGCGAGGAGAUUGAGGCUUCUCGUGAGGGUGGACAGGAGGCCGCUGCGCGAGUGGUGGAGAAGGCAGCUCUAGAGUCUGGGCUGCCAGCGAGCAUGGUGCGGCGCACGCUGCCUUUGCCCGAGCGGGAGACCAAAGCGGAUUCCGUGUUAAUGACUCCUCCAACAUCGCCCUCCCGCGGGGUGCGACAUGUCGCCUCGCCAUGCAGAGCGCUGAAGGGUAUGUCGCCCAAAACAGCUUCUGCCCGAGCGGUACACAGGCUGAAGAAGCUCAGCUGCAGUCCGGAGGCAGACGUGCAGUCUGACGUGUCGGACUGGGAGCCGUCCCCAAACGAAAAGCCGCCGGAGCCGCCGGAGCCGGAGCCGAGACAAGGCCUUUGUGUGGUGCCGAGACGGCGGCGGGUGCUCCCCGAGCGGCCGCUGCCUUCAACACCCUCUUCCAGCUCACGCGCUUCUCACGCCUCCCCAUCGGCGAGUUCGCGGGUCUCGAGCCCUCGGAUGGAUGCCUCGCCGGCUCAAAGGUCACCUCCCUCCGAAUGCUCGGGCAGGCCGAGCGGUCGUGAGUCAGGAACUCCGUAA